AACAAUAUAAAUUCAUUACCAUCAACACUGCAGAUACAUCCCCAUCAGGGCAGCGUCAAGACUUCAGUAAUGUUCGUGUCGGCAGUCUUGUUUUUCCUGCUUUGGCAGACUGGAGUUCAUGGCUUUGAUAUAUCUGAAGGAGCGUCUUUCACCCACCAAGACAUCACAGAGAAAGCGAUCCUAAAUGUCACUGCUCAGGUGUGCCGUAGCCUGGCUCUGGCUAAGGGCAAGGACUUCACCUUUCCUUCUCUUACUGUUUCAGCUGUUGCUGCWGCAUGCAAAGUAUCAAAAUCCUGCAAAAGUUUCAUCAAUGCCAUCCAGACAGUGACGAGUGAGAAUAAGCAAACAGACUUUGUCUAUUUUUGGAGUGCACGUCAUCACUGUGACGAUGAAAAAAUAAAAGAAGGACAGAAACUAAUCACRGAUGGUUUGUCAGUGAUAAAAGCUGCCAACGACGAGCAAAACUUUGCUUCAGCAAUAUCGUCUCUGGGAAGAAUUCUCCACACCUUACAGGACUUCUACAGCCACUCUAACUGGGUGGAAAUGGGCAACCAAUUUCCAAACUCUAACUUGAUAARAAACGCUUUUGUUGGAGAGAUAGCAGACAUAACCAGAGCAACUUGCCRCGACUGUGAUGGAGAGGACUGCCGCAACAAUAUUUUGGAGGAUAUCAUAGAGGAACAAAUCCUUACUUCGGGAUAUUUUUCACUUAAUCCCUUCCCUUCAAAACCAGAAGGAAAAUGCAGCCAUGGAGGGUUUUGGGAUAGAACAGAAGGAAUUGAGCCCACAGGUGGGAUCAAUAAAGACAGCGAUACUUCUGAACACGGACAUCUUAACAAACUAGCAGCAAACGUGGCGAUAGCAGCAACCAGUGAGCUGCUGGAGGACGUUCGCAGUUCUGCUGGAGACAGAGGAUUCCUUCGGAUGAUGGGACUCUCCAAUGGGAAACCACUUUGUUUUUCCAUGGACACGACAGGAAGCAUGGGGGAUGACAUUGAAGCAGUGAAGAAUGUCACAUCAUCGAUUAUUGACACUAAAGUGGGAACAGAAGACGAACCGUCCGUUUACAUUCUCGUUCCAUUCAAUGAUCCAGAAUUUGGGCCUCUAAUUCAGACAACAGACCCAGAGGUUUUCAAGAGUUAUAUCAACUCACUAACCCCAAGUGGAGGUGGAGAUGCUCCAGAAAUGAGUCUUUCUGGACUUCAGCUGGCUUUAACUGCUGCGCCUCCCAAUUCGGAGAUCUACGUUUUUACGGAUGCAGCAGCUAAAGACGAACACCUGAAAGACACAGUGGUAGCACUCAUAGAGCAGACCAAGUCUGUGGUGAACUUCAUGAUAACUAAUGUACUUGGCCUUCGCCGUCGAACACAAGCAGACAACAACAAACAACAAAGUGUUCGGAUGUCAAGAGCAGGUGGUCAGCUGUACAGAGACCUGGCUCAGGCUUCAGGAGGUCAGGCUGUUGAAGUCACAAAAGGUCAGCUGCUGGAGGCCAUCAACAUCCUAACUGAAUCCACCAGCUCCUCUCAGAUUGUCCUUCUGCAAGCAGCCAGGAACCUUGGGACUGGUGAAAAUUUCACUUUUGUAGUUGAUGAUUCAACACAAAACGUCAGAAUUUACAUCACCGGGGUUUCUGUAGAUUUUACCCUCAUCAAUCCAUCAGGUGUGACCAACACAACAGGAUCUUCAACAUUUUCUUCCCAGUUGGUUGGAAACCUCCAGACACUGCAGCUAAAAACAGAACCUGGAGUGUGGGAAAUUAGAAUGGAGUCAGGAAAUCCCUACAGUCUGAAGGUUGUAGGAGAGAGCUCCAUUGACUUCCUCUUUGACUUUAUUGAAGAGUCAAGUAGCCGAUUUGGAGGGUAUAGUCUGAUCGAGAAUCGUCCCACCGCUGGGCAAAAUGCCAGUCUGCUGGUGACGCUGUUUGGAAGCGACUCUGCCACGGUGACAGAGGUCAUGCUGGUUGAAUCGUCGGGUUCUGGUCAGGUUAACGGCCCCGUGGAGGCCCAGGGUGAAGGAGAAUAUAUCGUCCGCUUCGACAGGAUCCCAUCGGUUGAGUUUGUUGUGCUUGUGAAGGGCCAGAACAACAACGGCGUCUCCAGAGCCUCUUCAGGGAUCUUCCAGAGACAGUCGACCGCCAGCCUGAGAGCCUCUGGUCUCACUGUCACUGCUGAUGACUUAGAUAGGGUGUUGGAGCCAGGAACACCUCGAUCAGUUUCUUUCUCUGUGAUGACAACCAGCGAAGGAGGAAGCUUCACCAUUCAAGCCACCAAUGAUCAASGCUUUACUUUAUCUUUUCCAUCCAGUUUACAGCUGGAUGCUGGAGUUAGUGCCAAUGGCACAGUGAACAUCACAGCUCCUGCCGGCACUCCAUCCGGUACUGGUGYCACCUUGACKAUUSWGGCYGUGGCUCCUGGAGGUGCAGACAGCAACUAUGAUGUUCUGCGUCUAACCGUCCUUUCAAAAGUGACUGAUUUCACUCCACCAGUGUGCCAGCUGCUCCGCCUGCAGUCCAACUGCUCUGACAACUGCAGCCAGUCAACAUGGGAGCUGUCUGUCCAGGUCUCUGACGCAGCGAAUGGGACGGGUGUGAACAGUGUCAGUCUCAGAGAAGGCAGUGGCACGUUGAACAUCAGYACAGCAGCUGAUAAUACAACUCUAGUGUCUUAUGUGGCUUCCUGCUGCUCACCUGAUGUGCAGCUGGUGGCUGUGGAUCAAGUAGGCAACGUGGAAAUCUGCAGYUACUCUGUUCGUGCAAAUGUCACUCAGGCUGUAACAACCAGCAAUGUACCAACCAGCAACAUAACAACCAGCAAUGUAACAACCAGCCCUGUAACUACAGCCGUCACAGCUUCCUCUGCAAGAGUUGAUUUCUCCGUGUCUCUUUGCUUUGGUUUCUCAGUCCUGAGCUUCUUGCUACAGUCUCUGAGACUGUGAUACUGAAUUUUACAAAACAGAUUACUGGUGAUGGAAAUGCAGUAAAUAUUAUGUUCACUCUGGUGGCAGGUAUUAUAUAGUCCAUACCUAAUCAAAUGUUUAAACACUUUUUGAAGCUAAAUUAAAUGUAAGUGCUGCAGUUGAACAUUACGGAGAGUUUUAAGAGGAGUUUUAAGAAGGCAUGUAAUUCCUGACAGUAAUUAAACUAUGAAAACUGA